AUGGUGCUUCCGCCAGCGUUAUCCAUUCCCCUCCUGGCUGCAUCUCGCCGCCUUGAGCUCCCCCCUGUCGCCACGUACGCCGCUCUGAACCUCUGGAACUACGAUGUGACUUCCUCAGGGGCUUCGCCAAGCGACCUAGACUCUCUGACAGCGCAGUUCACAUUUACUGGCACCGAGUCCGAGUCGUGGUUCUACAUGGUCUCCGUGGCGAUGGAAGCCCUCGGCGGCCCAGUGAUACCGACCGUGCUCCGGGCCAUGAAAGCGAUCCACGUCCACGACUACGCAGCCAUCACAACCGCGUUUGAGUCAGUAACCAGCUGCAUCCGCAGCCUCAAGGCAAUGCUGGAGCGGAUGCACGAGCGCUGCGACCCCAACGUGUUCUACCAUGACAUCCGCCCCUUCCUCGCUGGCAGCAAGAACAUGGGCCAUGCAGGGCUGCCGCGCGGGGUGUUUUAUGACGAAGGCGACGGCCGCGGCGAGUGGCAGCAGUGGAGAGGCGGCAGCAAUGGCCAGAGCAGCCUGAUCCAGUUCCUGGAUAUUGUCUUGGGGGUGGAACACACCGCCGACCGCCACAGCUCGCCGCACGCGCCCGCUCCGGGCGAGAAGCAGACGCCGAGCUUCCACGAGGAGGUGCGGACCUACAUGCCCGGUCCGCACAUGAGGUUCCUGCAGGCAGUCAGCCGCAUGGGGAGCCUGCGGACGUUCGCCCUGCAGGAGGGCGAUAGUGAGGAGCAGAGAAGGUGCAGCGAGGCUUACAAGACCGCGAUCGAUGCCAUGACGGAGCUGCGCAACGCGCACUUGGGGAUCGUGACGCGAUAUAUCGUCCUACCAAGCAGGAAACCGAACUCGAGUGGAGUCAAGAACCUUGCCGGCGUCUCGAGCAGCAUAUCCCAAGAAGGGCAGGGGAACGGGGCGAACAAGCUCACUGGAACUGGAGGCACAGCUUUGAUGCCUUUCCUGAAGAAGGCACGGGAUGAGACCAUUGCUGCUAUUUUGCCAGCUCAUUGA